AUGUCAUCCACGAAAUUCAAGAAGGAUAAGGAGAUCAUUGCGGACUAUGAGACCCAAGUGAAAGAGAUCCGUAACCAGCUGGUGGAGCAGUUCAAAUGCUUGGAGCAACAGUCUGAGUCUCGUAUCCAGCUGCUGCAGGACCUGCAGGAGUUCUUCCGGCGCAAAGCAGAGAUUGAACUGGAAUACUCACGCAGCUUAGAGAAACUGGCCGAGAGGUUCUCCUCCAAGAUCCGCAGUUCAAGGGAACACCAACAGUUCAAGAAAGACCAGCACCUGCUGUCCUCAGUAAACUGCUGGUACCUGGUGCUGAACCAGACGAGGCGUGAGAGCCGCGACCAUGCCACCCUCAGCGACAUCUAUACCAACAAUGUAAUCGUCCGCUUGGCCCAAAUCUGUGAAGAUGUCAUCCGCCUGUUCAAGAAGAGCAAGGACAUUGGCAUCCAGAUGCAUGAGGAGCUGGUGAAGGUGACAAAUGAACUCUACACUGUGAUGAAAACAUACCACAUGUACCACACUGAGAGCAUCAGUGCAGAGAGCAAGCUGAAGGAUGCCGAGAAACAAGAGGAAAAGCAGUUCAGCAAGUCCGGAGAUCUCAAUGUUAACCUCCUACGUCACGAGGACCGCCAACCAAGACGCAGCUCAGUCAGGAAAAUUGAGAAGAUGAAAGAGAAGAGGCAAGCCAAGUACUCAGAGAAUAAGCUGAAAUGCACAAAAGCCCGGAAUGACUAUUUGUUGAACCUGGCAGCAACAAAUGCAGUUGUGGCAAAAUAUUACAUCCAUGACGUCUCUGAUAUGAUUGAUUGCUGCGACCUGGGUUACCAUGCUAGCUUGGCACGUACCUUCAGGACCUACUUAUCUGCUGAGUACAACUUAGAGACAUCACGCCACGAGGGGCUAGAUAUCAUAGAGAAUGCAGUGGACAACCUUGACUCUCGCAGUGACAAGCACAAGAUCAUGGAUAUGUAUAACCAGGUGUUCUGCCCUCCUAUGCGCUUUGAAUACCUGCCACACAUGGGAGAUGAGGUGUGCCAAGUGAGUGCCCAGCAGCCAGUCCAGACUGAACUCCUGAUGCGAUAUCACCAACUGCAGUCUCGCUUAGCUACACUGAAGAUUGAGAAUGAGGAGGUGAGAAAGACCUUGGAUGCCACCAUGCAAACGCUGCAGGACAUGCUGACGGUGGAGGACUUUGACGUGUCGGAUGCCUUCCAACACAGCCGCUCCACUGAAUCCAUUAAGUCUGUGGCCUCUGAGUCUUACAUGAGCAAGCUGAAUAUAGCCAAGAGGAGGUCGAACCAACAGGAGACUGAAAUGUUCUACUUUUCAAAAUUCAAGGAGUACCUGAAUGGCAGUAACCUCAUCAUUAAGCUGCAGGCCAAGCAUGACUUACUGAAACAGACACUGGGUGAAGGGGAAAGAGCUGAAUGUGGAACUACAAGGCCCCCCACCCUUCCCCCUAAACCACAGAAAAUGCGGAAGCCUAGGCCACGCUCCAUGUAUAACCAUAAGCUGUUUAACGGCAAUAUGGAGACCUUCAUCAAGGAUUCAGGCCAACCAAUUCCACUUGUUGUUGAGAGCUGUGUCAGAUACAUCAAUCUAUACGGGUUGCAGCAGCAAGGCAUAUUCCGUGUGCCAGGAUCACAGGUGGAAGUCAAUGAUAUCAAAAAUUCAUAUGAGAGAGGUGAAGAUCCCUUGAUUGAUGACCAGAAUGAGCAUGAUAUCAACUCAGUGGCAGGAGUGCUAAAGCUAUAUUUCAGAGGACUGGAGAAUCCACUCUUCCCAAAGGAGCGUUUCCUGGACUUCAUCUCUACCAUCAAGCUGGAAUCUGGAGCGGAGAGGGCGCAUCAUAUUCAGCAGAUUAUUGUGACUCUUCCUCGGACCAUCAUUAUUGUGAUGAGAUACCUUUUUGCUUUUCUCAAUCAUCUCUCCCAGUACAGUGAUGAGAACAUGAUGGAUCCAUACAAUUUGGCUAUCUGCUUUGGACCAACCCUGAUGCCCAUCCCAGACAGCCAGGAUCCUGUAGCAUGCCAGGCACAUGUUAACGAGGUCAUCAAGACUAUCAUCAUCCACAAUGAAGUCAUCUUUCCCAGUCAACGUGAACUGGAUGGCCCAGUGUAUGAAAAGUGCAUGACUGGCGGGGAGGAGUACUGUGACAGCCCCCACAGUGAACCAGGAACCAUUGAUGAGGUUGACAAUGGCACUGAACCACACACUAGUGAUGAAGAGGUUGAACAGAUUGAGGCCAUUGCUAAGUUUGACUAUGUGGGACGUACUCCAAGAGAGCUUUCCUUCAAGAAGGGAGCCUCUCUGCUUCUGUAUCACCGAGCAUCUGAGGACUGGUGGGAAGGACGGCACAAUGGUGUGGAUGGUCUCAUCCCACAUCAAUAUAUUGUAGUGCAAGACCUGGAUGAUGCUUUCUCAGAUAACCUGAGCCAGAAAGCAGAUAGUGAAGCAAGCAGCGGACCAUUGCUGGAUGAUAAAGGUUCAUCCAAAAACGAUGUCCCAUCACCAUGUGAACCUGAUUACAACUUUGGAGGAGUCAUGGGAAGGGUCAGAUUACGGUCUGAUGGAGCUGCAAUCCCACGUCGUCGAAGUGGCACAGACACCCACAGCCCAACCAGAGUGGCUGACACUCCUCCUCGGGCUGCAGCCUGUCCCAGCAGCCCCCACAAGGUGUCCAUCAGCAAGGGUCGUAUGGAGAGCCCAGAAAAGAGGCGCCUUGGCACCUUUGGAAGUGCAGGCAGCAUCAACUACCCAGACAGAAAGGCCUAUCCUGAGGGCCACCCACUGAGACCAAUCCCGGGGGCUACUCGUCACAGCAGCCUCGGUGACCACAAAUCACUGGAGACUGAAGCUCUGGCUGAGGACAUAGAGAAGACUAUGACAACAGCGCUCCAUGAGCUACGUGAGCUGGAGCGACAGAACACCGUUAAGCAGGCUCCCGAUGUGGUCUUGGACACCCUGGAGCCCAUGAAGAACCCAGUUAGCUCUGAGCCUGGCAGUCCACUGCACACCAUUAUGAUCCGUGACCCAGAUGCAGCCAUGCGCCGAAGCAGCAGCUCCACCUCUGAGAUGAUGACCACCUUCAAGCCUGCUCUCUCCGCGCGGCUGGCCGGGUCUCAGCUACGCCCCCCACCCAUGAGGCCAGUGCGCCCUCCCCCAACCCAGCACCGCUCAAGCAGCUCAAGCUCCUCGGGUGUCGGCAGCCCUGCUGUAACUCCCACUGAGAAGAUGUUUCCAAGUAACAAUACGGCUGCUGGUUCAAAUAUAAAUACAUCUGGUGAUGCUGGGGAUAAAUCUGGCACUAUGUAGCAAAGGUGGAAUCUGCAAAGUGAGAAGGUUAUAAAGCUUUCCAAGUGAGUGGAAAGCUUAUGGAAAUGGGUGCCGAUGUGUGACGAGGAGAUAUGGAUAUUUUUCUCUGUGUUUUCUGCCUGACUUAAUUCAUAUAUUCAGGAAGCUCCUGAAGCGAGCCUACAGUAUGUUACUAUGGUGAUAAAGUGGCAGAAGAAGCUGUAUAGGUGUGAUAGUGUAAAGCUCCACUCUCUUUGAAACUUGAUUUGUCUACAGUAAAUGUGUAUAAGAAUACAUGUAUUUCAGUUUUACCUCAAG